GUCAAAAUCCAAAAUUGUAAACUACCAAAUCCCAUCUUCCCCCUCCUCUCAAUGAACGGCUGCGAAGGCCAAACACUUCCGGACAAAACAAAUACAUACUGUGAACUGUCGUGGUAACCAAAGUGCACUUUCCACCAAUCUGACCACCCGAGGAGCUAUUUCACGUCGGCACCGCCCGGAAAGCCAGUGGCCAGAACUCCGAGCCCGAAUACCUGUCGCGAAAACCUGCCGGAGCUACUGGCAUGAGGCUCAUAGUGCCCCUGCAGGGCGUAGUCCAAGGUAGAGGAGGCAUAAUUCUAGGUUCGUUGAUUCCUUGCGCUCUCUUCUAUUUUUUCCAGCUGUAUCUGAAACGACACCGUUCUCCGGACCGGCCACCAGGUUCAAAUCCUCCGUCGCCAUCAUCAUCGUCAUCGAACCUGGCGGAGCUUCCUCGAAGUUCUUCGCGCUUAAGUUUUUCCACUCGUGGUUCCAUCGGGCGGGUCCGCGUUUCUGACCGUGUCAGCUCUAUUGCGAAACCGAACGAUUCCCCGUAUUAUAUUGGGUUGGAUACAGUUGCUAAGGACCCAUAUGAUAGAAUGGAUAAUCCGGAUGGGCUAAUCCAGCUUGGUUUGUCCGAGAACAGAUUAUGCUUGGAUUUGAUUGAGAAAUGGUUUUCUGAGAAUUUGAUGUCUUCGAUAAUGGGAAGCAGAGAUGAUGAUUUGAGCAUUAGUGGGAUUGCAACAUACCAACCAUUUGAUGGAUUGAUGGAGUUGAAAGUGGCUAUGACAGGUUUCAUGUCCAAUAUAAUGGAAAACGCAGUCUCAUUGGAUCCAUCACAGAUAAUAUUAACUGCUGGUGCAACUCCUGCAAUUGAGAUUCUAUGCUUUUGCUUGGCAGAUGCUGGAAAUGCUUUUCUUGUUCCAACACCCUAUUAUCCUGGUUUUGAUAGGGAUAUGCAAUGGCGAACUGGAGUGGAGAUAGUUCCUGUUCAUUGUCGCAGCACUGAUAACUUCAUUCUGAGUAUCACUGCUCUGGAUCAAGCAUACAAUCAGGCAAGAAAACGAGGAUUGAAAGUUCGUGGAAUCCUGAUAUCCAACCCUGCAAAUCCUGUUGGCAAUAUACUGCCACGCGAAACACUUUACAAUAUUUUGGAUUUUGCGCGGGAGAAAAACAUCCACAUUAUUUCUGAUGAAAUAUUUGCGGGUUCUCUGUAUGAUAAUGAGGAGUUUGUGAGCAUGGCAGAAAUUGUUGACUUGGAAGAAUUUGACAAGAGCAGGGUUCACAUAGUAUAUGGGCUGUCUAAAGAUUUAUCUAUUCCUGGAUUUCGGGUGGGGGUUAUCUAUUCCUAUAACGAGAGUGUUUUGGUUGCUGCUAAAAAGUUGACAAGAUUCUCUCCGAUUUCUGCCCCAAUCCAGAGGCUAGUAACUUCAAUGCUCUCAGAUACAAGGUUCACUGAGGAAUAUAUGGGAAUGAACCGAAAAAGGAUACAGCAAAUGUAUAACUCAUUUGUUGCAGGUUUAAGACAAAUAGGAAUUAGGUGCGCAGAGAGUAGCGCUGGCUUGUAUUGUUGGGCUGAUAUGAGUGAAUUGAUCCCUUCUUACAGUGAGAAGGGGGAGCUUGAGUUAUGGGAGAAGCUUUUGAACAUUGCUAAGAUCAAUGUCACUCCUGGCUCAGCCUGUCAUUGUAUAGAACCUGGGUGGUUUCGAUGUUGUUUUGCUACAUUAGAUCAAGAAGAUAUUCCGGUAGUUAUUGAACGGAUCAGGAAAGUUGCUGAAAGUUGCAAAUCUCCCAGUUAAAGUACAACAAAUGUUAUAACCAAAUAUCUUGUAAUCAACCAAUAGAAUUACUGGAAUGAUUUGGUAUAAUGGUCAAUCUUGUUGCCGUUGAUUAAUCAAGGCUUGGUUUAUAAGAGAUUGUUCUUUCAAUGAGUCGGAAGAAAGGAUGUGCACAUAUACAUUUUGUCAAGUUUGGAUUGAUUUGUGACAGUAUCCUUGAGGUUGAAAGAGGAAACCAGAACAGCUUGGAAGAGAUUCCUGAUAAAGAGUACGUGAUUGUGGUUGAUGAACUGAAAUAAAAGCUUUCUUCUAUGUCAGUUUCAGUCUCUGUUGGUACUUCUUCCACUAGAGUCCUCCUGCCAUUUUGGUGCCAUGUCCAAAGAAGCAGUAUCCAAAUGUUCUCUUAUUAAAUUCCUGCCAUAGUUGAGUUCAGGAAUAAUUAGAAGUCGUUUUGGUAUCUUUGUGCAGUAUAGCCAGUAAUUUUAAAUGUGAUUUUGAUUAGAAUAUAGAAGGGUUGAAAGUUUAACCUAUAACUGUGCCUUUCCUUUAUGUUCUUUUGUCUUACUCUUCUUGGUAAGUAACUGUUAACAGUUGGAUAUCCUACACUUAUUGCGGUCAAA